AUGGCUGUGAAGGUGAUUCUGCCGUUCUUCAUCUUGUUUCUUAUCAAAGACUCCUCUCUCCUUCUCCGCCCAUCUGCCUGCGGUUUCCACCACUGGGGUCGGACUAAGCGAAGCGGCUUUCGCCCGGCUGUGGAGUAACAACCUGAAAGUCAUCCGGCGAGGCAGUUCAGUGGGAACGGACCGACUUGUCUGCCUUUUCCUUGCUGUAUCUCUGGACUUCUUCCAAGGAUUUGCAGUCGGAGGGUGGCUGUCGAUUCCCUACUUGAUCUAGCUGCUGUGCUAAUCUGAAUUAUGAAUAUCGGCGUGUAGCUUGUGACUAUGACGGAUGUUCUUCAUGUCUUGUAGGCAUGGUUGAUGGACGAUGGGGAAGAGGAUCAGCGACUGCCUCACCACCGUGUUCCGGUGGAGUAUGUUCCGCUGAGCCAACUCGCAGGUACUAUUUUUCGAACCCCUUCAGAGUAUCGUUCGCAAAUUCAUUAUAAGGACGCAUACAUACAGCAGCCCUUCAAGCGAACGGAAGGUUGUAGGUUUGUCACUCCAUACCCGAGUGUGUACUUCAUUCACACACAUCUUCCAAUAUAAAUACAUUUUCCGAUCAUAUACAAUGCGGCAUAAAGCUAAACUUUAGAGCAUAUUCGAAAUCUUUUCAGCGUCUUUUGUUGGUCUAUCAUCACAUAAAGAUCUUUUAGAUUGCUGUUGGAUAACUGAUUACAACUAGACUAGACUCAGUUAUUCAAAUUCAUCUAUCUAACUAUGCGUGCUCAAUAAAAUAGGAUGGCUGAACGAGCCAUUAGCUCAGAUAAAGUCACCAAUUUAUUCGAUCAACCCGCUAACUUAUCUCUGCCAUCAUCAAUUUGAGAACCAUAUUAACCAAACAUUACAGUAUGACCGAGGCAAGUGUGGCGUGUUAUCAGACUGAAAGUCGAAUAAGGUAACGAGUUCCCUACGAACUCCACUGUUAAAUUCCUCGAUCAUCUUGAAACACAAAAAAUCUACAUCACCAUUCACACGCCAUCCACGGUUGAUUUAGAUGUUUCGCCUGAUCUUUGUGGAAGUCAAGGUUGAGUUGGCAUCAGUAGCUUCAACCCCCACCAUUAGGAUUCUGUGCCGUUCUGAAAAGAGCAUACAACGCUUCUGCUGGAAGGAGCCCAUGGAUGGGAAUGCCCUCCCCUGUAGUGGGGACGCAGGCCACCAAGCCGCAGAUUUUCAAGCUUCCAUGAGGCCUUAGGAUGUCGGAGGCCCCCUGCCACAUGUAGAUGACCAGAUCCUCCCGCAGGUUAUGGAAGGUGGCAGCCAGAACGCCCUUCCAAUUUGGCAGGACGUGGUUCAACCGUUGGCAUCCUCCAUCUCCUUCCAGAGCCGGCCUGUCGUGCCUCUUGGUUGUACAGAAAACGUUUCAUGGAUCUCUGCUGUCUCGUCCAGUGUAAUGGAGUUGCCUUAAUACGGUGGAGUUUUAGGAAUCUAGCGACUGAAGCUGAAAUAUACUAACUUGUAUCUUUCACUUUUUCGUAAUUUAUGCAACAAAAAUGCAUCAUUCUGUGUCCGCGUGUACAUUUAUCAUGGUGAUCGAAUCAGUCUGCUUAAUAGAAUUCGUACCUUGCAGAGAUCGGUAUCCUGUACUGGCAUCUCGAUCCAAAAGACUAUGAAAACAACGAGCAGCUAAAUGAAAUCAGAGAAAACAGGGGAUAUAAUUACAUGGUCUGUUCCGUCUAUUACUGAUACCCUCGCUCUCUCUCUCUCUCUCUCUCUCUCUCUCUCUGUUUUCUCUCCUUCCCUGUCUCUACGUCUCCUUUCUCUCAACCUCUCUCUCUCUCUCUCCCCGUCUCUUCUCUGUCUCCCUCUCUCUCUCUCCCCCCUAUCUCUGUUUCUCUGUAUCUCUCUCUCUCUCCCCCUGUCUCUGUUCUCUCUCUCUCUCUCUCUCCCCCUAUUUCUGUUCUCUCUCCCUCUCUCUCUCUCUCUUUCUCUCUCUCUCUCUCUCUCUCUCUCUCUCUCUCUCUCUCUCUCUCUCUCCCCCUGUCUCUGUUCUCUAUCCCUCUCUCGCUCUAUUUUGACUGUGCAAUAUGAACAUAUAGUGGACCAUCCACCUCUUUGUGAAAAUGCUUCUCCUUCUGUGGUCGCAGGAUCUGCUAGAGCUAUGCCCAGGGAAAGUUGAGAACUACGAGGAGAAGCUGAAUAACUUCUUCCGCGAGCACAUACAUGCCGACGAGGAGAUCCGCUUCUGCCUGGAGGGCAGCGGUUACUUUGAUGUUCGCGGCAAGGACGACCAUUGGAUCCGCAUCUGGAUUAAGGCGGGCGAUAUGAUCGUCCUACCAGCCGGAAUCUACCAUCGCUUCACUUUAGACACCUCAAACUACGUCAAGGUACCAAGAACUAAACCUAAAUUUCUUCUCUAUUAGCCAGCAUGGGUCUAAUGGAAAAUAUUAUAAAUGAACGACGUAAUCAAGUCAGACUGGGGGGUAUCAACGGACUGCAAUUGGUCUAGGGUUCUUCUAGUGUUUCAGGCUGGGGCAUGUUGAGAAGCCCAGGCCCAACUGGGUCUACACUAAAUAUGUGUUUUGAUUUGAUUAAUUACUAUAGAUUUAUAUAUCUAAAUAUAAAAGUGAAGUUUUAAGAAAAAUGACGACAUUUAGUUUUACACAGUUGAUGAGGCUGUUCAUUGGGGAACCAGUGUGGACAGCAUACAAUCGGCCCCAGGAGGACCAUCCAGCAAGGCGAGUGUACAUCAAGAGCUUCUUGGAGAAGCCUCGUAUUGCUCUUAAGGCAGUCUAG